CCAGGACUGACUUUUUUUGUGUUGCAUUUCUUGGUUGGGAGUUGAUGUCAUGUUUCUACCAGUAUUUUCGCGAAGGUGUCCACGAUAUGUUACACCAGUAGCCGUUCUUCGCCAUGAGCAGCACAUCAAGUAUCUAUGAGCCAGUGGAAGAGGACUCCUCCGAUAAUGACUCCCUUAGUCGCAGGAUAUUUCCCAACGGCUUCACUACAUCAUCUCCUCCGCUACAAGAUCUCAGGCUUGCGUCAAGCAUAGAAUUAAGUAGCCCAUCCAGACCUCAAUCAAGCGGUUCAACCGAGAAUCUUCAACCACGGAGAGACCGUUCCCAUAUCAAUAGGAAGCUUCCCACUGAAGGCUAUGUGAAGCUCUUUAAUGAGUUCACAGGAAGCGCAGUUUUGGGAGGUGAAGGCACAAGUGAAUCCAUCUUCGCACCUUCACAGAUCGGGGUUAUUUCUUGGAGCUCCCACGAAAAGGAGAUAUUUUUCAAUGCCCUUGAAAGGAAGGACAAAUGUGCGAUUCCAGAAAUAGCCUCUCUUCUGGGAUCAAAAUCCGAGAUGGAGAUACGAGAUUAUCUCGAUACUCUACGCCGAGGUCUCGAGACUCAGCAACUUAAAACUCGGUAUAGCAAAACCCUUACUCUCUCGGACAUACCCGCAGCCGCGGAGAUAAGUGAAGAAUGCUGUCAAACUCUAGAAGACAAUGCGCUAGCAUUAUCUCGACAGGACGAGCAGACCACAAAUACCAUAGGUAAGCGGAGGUACGGAGAAAUGUGGCUUGUUGAUCGCCACGUUGCGGCGAUGGUUGAGGAUCAAUUGGAUGCUGAACGGGAGCGAUCAAACGAUGGAGGAAACGAAGAGGAGGGCAACUUACGUCCACCGCCAAGCAUACUAGCUACUUCGCAGUUGCUGAAUACGGCGAACUGGAUUCUACUUUCGGAGCGUAUAUUUAUGAAUUCCGGCAAAAGCAGAAUUGAGGAUAACUGGUGCCACCUUAGAACCGGCAGUGAAACGCCGUCUUUGACCUGCGAGGCAUUUGCCGACUUCUAUGCCUUGACAAUUAGCCUCACACGCCGCCUGGUGCAUUCUUCAAUAUUCUUUGCGAUGUCACGUCUACGCUCCCUGGAGCGUGGUGGAUAUCAGCGCGGGAAGCUGGUAAGAAGUGAAGAUGUAGGAGCAGCGUUAGACGUACUGAGGAUGAGCCACAAUUCCCGACAGUUUUGGAUCGGUGCUCCCCGACGCCAUAAUUUAAACGUCGAGGAGAUCCGCCAUCGCAAAGGCUUCAAACCCGUUUCUCUCACGUACGACAAAGUCGAGGAGGACCUGUCUCUGGAAGGCACCAGAUCAAGGGGCUCCCGUGCCAGCAGCAUUGCGCAGUCAGUGUUUGCAUCGGAAAACCAACCAGAUGCUGAGGAUUUGUCCGACAGCGAAUCCUCUGAAUAUGAAGUAUCGAACACUUCUUCACCAAACAAUACCACAUCCCAGGAUGAUGAACCGCUAUCCGAUCCUGAAGAGGAACACGCCGCAUCCAUAGAUCAGAAAUCAAGCCGUGUUGAAGAGCUUCGGCUAUGGAGACAACUGAGUCAAUCCCCGCCACGAUCCCUCCUGCGUGAAUAUGAGGAUUCGGACACGGGAGGUGACAAUAAAACCACAGCGACGAGGCCACCUGGUAACCGGAAAACAAGAAAGGAUCUGAUAGACUGGCGAGACCGAUUAUUGUAUCGGAGUGAAUGGGAAGAAUUCGGACCGGAUAUCGUCCUUCUUGAAGAAGAGUUAUCCGAUAAUCGAAGAAAGAAACGGAGACUUGGGUAG